UUUUUGUUGCCUCGAUUUUGUAUUGCACAUGUACGAGGCGUACUUCGCCAUCGAUUGUAAUAUGAUGUUGAUGACCUUAACUAGUAAUGAAUCAACACUAAUCAGUGUCUUUUCUUUCAGAAAGAAGUCCAUUCAAGGCUGUAGCAGCAAAGAAUGCCAGUCAUUGCGGCUUUAUCAGCAUGUCAAAAUUGGAGCCUAACAAGCCCUAUAUGAUAAUGGAUAUGAAGGCGCCACCCAUCAUGCAGUGUACGGAGAUGGGCUGCUGAGUAUCUUGAAGGGAAAGAACAACCAACAGUGGCGGUUACAGUUCCCACCAAAAUAUCUUCAGAACUUCACCGAUGAGGAUAUCAAAGAGCUACGACUUCAGAUCACCAAAAAGAAUUAUCCUUUUAUAAGUUUCCGAGAGGUCCUUGCAGACAACUCGUUUAGAAUUGAUCUUGCCCCGCACUCUGAAGAGCUUGUUACUGCCCACAAUAAGUGGUCCGAAGUAGGCCCAAUAGUCUUAAGCCCAGACACAUCUUUAGAAAAUGUGGAUAAAUCUAACAAGGGUGACUCUCCUGAAAACCCAUCUAAUGCCAACUCUCAAGAUGAACUUGAUGGUUGCCAAUGGUUGCGACCCUGGUGUCUCUGACACCACCCUCGCUGCUUCUGGCAAUCCCGCCAAUAAGAGAGAUAGGACGGCUGAUGAAUUAGACCCCAAUAGUGAAAUCAAAAUCUUAAUUAAAAUGCGAACUGGCUGCUUACUGGACAAAGACUGUAUCUUAAUUUUGAAUGAUUAUUUGGUUUUUAAAGUUCCUUUAGAACUAUACGUAUUAUUUGUAUUUUUGUAAAAAUCUUAAUCUCAACUGAAUCUAAUGCGAACAGGCUGCUUAUCGGACCAAGACUUGUGUACCUUAAUUUUGAAUAAGUAUCUUUAAAGUUUCUUCAUGACUUUCAGUAUUUAUAUUUUUGUAAUAAAUACAAUGUUCAACUGACAA